CACAACCACGCAACAAACCAAGUAGACAAAAGCUACUUCGAUCUUCCCUGCGACCACCCAUCAUGGAUAGAAUUAGAGAGACCCUUCCCAUCAAGGUUGGACCAUGGGGUGGGAGUGAAGCGAAUCCAUUUGACAUCACAGAGGAACCCAAGCGUCUCGAAAGCGUGACGGUUCGGUCUGGCGCUGUCAUUAAUUCAUUUGGUUUUACCUAUGUUGAUCUAGCAGGCCAGAAGCACACCGUUGGCCCAGUUGGAGGUAACGGUGGGAAGCUUACUACGAUCCAGUUUGCACCAACGGAGUACGUGAAGGGAUUCGGUGGAUCCGUUGGUCCGACACAAGGAACAUGGGUUGUGACGUGUCUCAAUAUUGAAACAAACCUAAGAACACACGAGAUAUAUGACCAAGGGAACAUGUUUCUAUCUCUGCCAGGGAAGGUUCCUUUUGGCGUUCCCUCGCCAGGGAAGGAAAUUCCUUUUAGCAUCCCUCUGCCAGAGGACACUAGCAUUGUGGGAUUCUUUGGACGUGCAGGGGCUAAUCUUGAAGCCAUCGGCGUUUAUGUGAAAUCGACAAACAUAGACACAAUAGAAGAAACCACAAGUAACCUGGACACUUGUUCCCCGGAUGAACCGAUCAUCAUUGCCGAGGCUGUUCCCAUCAAGAUUGGAGCAUGGGGUGGGGACGGAGGGACGGAGUUUGAUGUCACAGAGCCACCCAAGCGCCUUCAAAGCAUGACUAUUCGCGCAGGAGAUUCUAUUGAUUCAAUUGGAUUUUCCUACAUUGAUGAAGCAGGCAAGAAGCACAGUGAAGGUCCAUUUGGCGGUACCGGUGGGCAACUUACAACGAUAAAGUUCGCACCAUUGGAGUAUGUGAAGAAGUUUUCUGGAACGAUUGGGCGAGCUGUUGGCUCUGGGGAAAUGUUAUUUGUAGCGUCGCUAGAGAUUGAAACAAACGUCAAAAAGUAUGGGCCAUACGGAAAAGAGGACAACGACUAUCCAUUCAGCAUCCCGUUGCCAGAGAAUACUAGUGUCGUGGGAUUUUUCGGACGUGCAGGGAGGCUCAUUGAUGCUGUUGGUGUUUACAUAUAUUAUUGCAAAUCCCCUCUCAUUGAUGCAACUGAAGAAACCUCAGGUAACAAAGAUGAAGAAACCUCAAAGAACAAAGACACCACUUCCGCACCACCAUUCACCAUCACUGGACAGACCUCUCCUAUCAUGAUUGGAAUGUGGGGUGGGGAUGGAGGGGAGGAGUUUGAUGUCACAGAGCCACCGAAGCGCCUCGACAGCGUGAUGAUUCGAGCUGGUGAAAUCAUCGAUUCAUUUGGCUUUUCCUAUAUUGAUCAAGCUGGUCAGAAGCACACUCUAGGUCCAUAUGGUGGGAAGGGUGGGAAUCUUACCACGAUCCAGCUUGCCCCAACAGAGUAUGUGAAGGGUUUCUCCGGAACAACUGGUACUUAUGUUGGAUCACAGGUUGUAGCGUCGCUAGCGAUCGAAACCAACUUAAGGGAGUAUGGACCAUAUGGAGAAGAGCAGGACAUGCAUUUCAGCAUUCCCCUCCCUAAGAACGCUAGCGUUGUGGGCUUCUUUGGAAGUGCUGGCAACCUUCUUGAUGCAAUUGGCGUUUACGUGAUGAAUGGUUCCAUCCCAAACUAGUGUGAGCAGCGCCCGAAAAGGCACCUAAAAUAAUUAAGUCAGGAUUUCCAUCCUCAGCGAGUUCAGCUUUCCAGUGUUUCGGUCGUAAUAAGAUGAUCAUGCAUUCAUGCAUGAGCAUGGUGUGUGUUUGUGAGACCUUUUGUGGAUCGAGAGUGCUUUUGUUGUCACCUAAGUUGUGGAAUAAAAUCUCUAUGGGAUUGCCUCUUUUGGAUGCAGCAAA